GAUGGUGACACUGCAGCUAAACCACAUCGCGUGGGACACCGGCGACGUGCAGGGCCUGGCCGCUUUCUACGAGGAGGUGCUGGGCUUCGAGCGUGUCCCGGCGCCCACCUACUCCGGCUUCCAGGUCGCCUGGCUCCGCCUCCCGGGCUCCCCCGACGUCGUGCUCCACAUCAUCGAGCGCGACCCGGCCGUCGCCGCCCCGGGGGCCGCGCAGGGGGUCGUCGCGCCCGCGCAGCUGCCCCGGCGGCACCACCUCGCCUUCUCCGUGGCCGAGUUCGACGGGUUCAUCAUCGUGCUCAGGACCCGUGACACCCAGCUGUUCGAGAAGUCCCAGCCCGACGGCCGCACGCGCCAGGUCUUCUUCUUCGACCCCGACGACUGUCGUGCAGUCUGGGUUGGUGAACAUGGUCUUCUUAGCUAUGCUUAUUUUCUGUUCCCUUUUGAUCUCUUCGCAUCAAUUCUGUUGCACAUCCCAGUGACACUGCUCUGCCAUUUCUGCGGCUUAUGGGAUGCCAGCUAUCACGAGAUAUCUCCUGGGUCGUGGCGCUGA